AAUAAUGUAUGAAACAUACGUCCAUCAUGAAUGAGGAUAAAAGGACAUUUCUGUUGCUUCCUCUCACAAAUGCUAAUAACCAACGGCUCAUUAACAUGUGGAGUGUUGAGACUCUCAGCUUCAUUAUGAAGCUCAGCACACACUGGAGGUCUGAACCAACAAUAAGAGGUUAUAUAAAACUCAAGCAGACAGUAAAUCCACAGCACGCUGCAGCUGGGAGCACAAAUGUGUUUCACAGUUUCAGGCUGAAACAUGUCUGUUCAGAGCUCAUUAUGAAAGUGUAACUGAAUACAGAACACAUGUCAGACAUCUGAUCAGCAUGUUACGUACUAAACAGGAAACCUUCUCAGCAGAGGCUCAGAGCUCAGACCACGAGUCCAGGCUCAGUGUCUUUGUCUUCCAGGUAAGACGGAGAGACAAACUGAUGAAGAGGGUUAGCAAAGCAAACCUUCACCGGCGAAUGAAAAGAGCAGCAGCAGAAGAAGAAGAAGUGAUUCAGAGUCGACCUGACAGAACAACAGGAGACUCCAGUCAGACCACUUUAACAAACAUGUUGUCUGGACUGGUCUCAGGUCAGCUGCUUCCCUCAGUACAGUCUGACAGGCUCUGCGUGGCCCUGCUGGAAUUAGUCUGGUGUGACAGUGCUCAUCCACCAGGCAGCAGGAAAAGGUCAGACUGCUUUUAAUGGAUGGUGAACCUUUGUUUUAAACCCUCGCUGGCUGAAUGAAACCCGUGUAGCCAAAGACUCAGAGCUGGUGAACAGCUUUAUAAAUAUUAAAACACCUUGUAGUAAUUUCUGUCAGGGCAAAUUGCUGCUGACACAGAAUGAUUCAUUUGUGCAUCGGCCUCAUUCUCACAGGCGGGCGGGAACGCCUUUAAUUACCUGUUGGCAAGUGAUGCGUCUGCUCCACCUGCCGUCCUCUCAAGACAGCAGUGUGUCGGCGGCGUGUCCCACACUCCUCCGGUCAUUUGUUGGCAUACCUGCAGGACAUCAUCACACAUUAUAGGAGGUGAAGAUGAGGACAGAAUCUGCCUCUGAGCCAGUUUAGAAAUUUCUGUCAGAUCGGUUUGACAUUCAGUUUGACGCCACGACGAAUGAUUAAUCACCUAAUUAAGCAACGGCUCGAUCACCUGAUUGAUCAAUAAUCUGUUGGGCGGUGAAUUGGAUUUCUGGCAGCUCAGAAAGAUCUGACCCGCUCACUAAUGAGCUCAACAAGGCUAAUUAAGGUUAUCAUGUGUUUUAUAGAUAAUAACAUAGUGUAUCUACAGUCACACAGCAAGUGCAUGAAGGAAAUGUCACAUGAUCAACUGCCACAAAAUAUUUAUCAUUAUCUAAUGAAUAAACUGUAUAUGGAUCACUACCAUUAUACACAUGGCUACUGUGCUGCACGUACUGUAAGCGUUUAAAUAUAGAGAUGUUCUGUCACUUCUGUCAGAGGACGUAGGUAGAAACACCACAGAAGAAGAGCAGAACAAAGAAACACAACCUGAAGAGAGAGAGGAGGGUUUCUACAUAACUACUGACUGUCAGCCAAUCACAGAGCUCUAAUAAAGAGAGCGAGAGGGACAGAGAGAGAGAGAUGAUGGUGUUUAGAUGUGGAAUCUUUUUAUAGACAAGAAGAAAAAAGUUUCAGUUCAGAGCAGAAGAGAAGACGAGGAUCCAGGAGAAGAAGAGGAGGAACAAAGAAACAAGAGGAACAGGAGGAGAAACAGAGGAGGAGGUGAAGAUUUGAAGAUAGAGAUGUACAGGUUGUAAAUCUGUGAUUUUGGACUGAAAAAAGGAGGAAGUGAAGGAAAAGAAGAGACGUUGUUUGGACUUGUUGAAGGAGACGUGGAGACGUUUUCUGAAGGCUGCUGCAGAGCAGCUCUGAUCUUAUUCUGGAAAGCAGUCCAGUGCAGGAAAACAAAUCUGAAAAGGAGCAGCCAGGAAAUCCAAAAUCCUCUAAGUUAUCCAAGAAACAUGGGGAGAGCUACAGUUCACCCUGAGGGCGUCUGAACCGAACUUCAUCUCCAUCUGACAUGUUUCAACCUGGACCAAAGUGGUGGACCGACCACGGCUAAAGCAGGAGGACCCACGAUCCAUCUGUCUUUGUUCCAAACAUUCAGAAACAGAAACUAAACUCAGCCUGCAGGUAUUUAGGCUGUGAGAGAAAACCAGCAGGAUCUUUGAAAAGUACUCUCAGAUACACAGUUUCAUUGAGAAAAGGCUCAACACUUUCCUGAAACAGCUGCAGUUUUCAACAGGAGGAAACAGGGCAGUGUUUGUUUGGGACUAUUUUCAGUGGCGGAUGAAUCCACGUUUUCCAGCGAGUACUUGGGGCAGCAGGACGGUGAGUGUGGAACUAAUUUAGUGUUUCUUAUUUAGUCACCAGAGGAAAGCAAGAAGAAGAUGAGUGAAGAGAAACAUCUGAAGAACACAAACUCAGUCUGCUGUCAACCUGCUGAAACAGGACUGAGGCAACACCUGGGACAGGGAACAGCAAGAUGCUGAGUUCAGCGCCUCCAUCAUGGACAAUGUGACACCUGGCAGUCCUCCAGGUGAGACGCACCUGAGGGACUACAAUUACCUGGCCCUGGUCCUCGGUGUCCCCCUAAUCCUGGUCAUCAUCCUAGGGAAUAUCCUGGUGUGUCUGAGCGUGCUCACUGAGCGCUCCCUGAAAACUGCCACCAACUACUUCAUCAUCAGUCUGGCGGUGGCCGACCUGCUGCUGGCGGUGCUGGUGCUCCCGCUAUACGUCUACUCUGAGUUUCUGGGAGGUAUCUGGACGUUGAGCACCUACAUCUGUGAUGCUCUUAUGACCAUGGAUGUGAUGCUGUGCACCGCCUCCAUCCUCAACUUGUGUGCCAUCAGCGUGGACAGGUACAUUGCAGUGGUGGUCCCUCUGAAGUACAACAGGAACCAGUUCAGCGUCCGACAGCUGGCUCUCAUCACUGCUACCUGGGUGCUAUCUCUGGGCGUGGCGAGUCCGGUUAUCUUCGGUCUCAACCAGGUGCCGGGUCGCAACCCGAGCGUGUGCAAACUGGAGGACGACCGGUUUGUGGUGUACUCGUCCAUCUGCUCCUUCUUUGUGCCUUGUCCCAUCAUGCUCUUCUUGUAUUACUGGAUGUUCCGAGGCCUGCGGCGGUGGAGCGGUCGGAGUCGAUCUCAGGUGGGUCGGGCCAGUCGUCAAGCUCUCUCUUCACGUCUCGGCUUGGCCUUACGGCGAGCUAAAGCCACAACGACUGGGAAUCGAGAGAAAGCUGUGUACACCACGCCAGCCAGCCUCAGCCCCACCUCUCCAUGCACUAUCUCCAUGACCACACCCUCUGCGACCCCGGUGAUGGAAGAGCAUCAGGACGGGGCGACGGUCUUGGCAGAGAGCGACCCGAUGACGACACAGAUUGACAGCAUGUCAGACGGCGAGCCCACAGAAAGGAGGGAGGGAGGCAGCAAGAGAGAGAACGGCCUGAGGAAGACAAACGCUGCCAAGAGAGGAAGAAGAAACAGCAAGAGCAGCAGAGUCAGCGGGAGGGAACGGAAAGCCAUGAAGGUCCUGCCCGUCGUUGUCGGUGUGUUUCUGGCCUGUUGGACACCGUUCUUUGUUGUCCACAUCACCAAGGUGCUGUGUCAGUCAUGUGACAUCGGCCCCACUCUCAUCUCUGUGGUAACGUGGCUCGGCUACGUCAACAGUGCCGUCAACCCGAUAAUUUACACCGCCUUCAAUGCUGAGUUCAGAAGCGUCUUUCACAAGCUGCUCUGCUGUCGGACGUGA